AUGACCUCCGGGAUAGAUUAAACCGCCUGUGACGUCACGCCCGCGCAGGCGUAGUUCUUCCUCAGUUUCGACGAAAUUUCUCAUUAUGGCGCCUGUUAGGAAGCAGCAGAGCUCUAAAGGCGGAAAGAAGAAGAAGCAGGUCGUGAAGUUUACGCUGGACUGCACGCAUCCCGUUGAAGAUGGCAUUAUGGACGCUGCAAACUUCGAGCAGUUCCUACAGGAGCGCAUCAAAGUCAACGGGAAAGCAGGGAACCUGGGAGGCGGAGUGGUCACCAUCGAGAGAAGCAAGAGCAAAAUCACAGUAUCUUCUGAGGUGCCCUUCUCCAAGAGGUACCUGAAAUACCUCACAAAGAAAUACUUAAAAAAGAACAAUCUCAGAGACUGGUUGCGUGUUGUGGCUAACACCAAAGAAAGCUACGAGCUUCGCUACUUCCAGAUCAACCAAGAUGAGGAAGAAGAGGAUGAUGAGGAUUAAAUUCAGUGGUUUUUUUUGUUUUGUUUUUUACACCUUUAAAUAAAUUCAUGACAACA